GAUGUUGCUGUUUCUUUAAACAAUCUUGGUUUGGUGUUUGAAAAAAUUGGAAACUACGACAAAGCUAUAGAGGUUCACGAAAAAGCUCUAGAAAUUCGAAAACAAUCGUUUGGUCCAAAUGAUGUUCAUUUCGCUUCGUCUUUAUACAAUCUUGGUGAUGUGUAUUAUAACACUGGAAACUACGAGAAAGCUAUAGAUGUUCACGAAAAAGCUCUAGAAAUUCGAAAACACUCGUUAGGUCCAAAUCAUGUUUAUGUUGCUGAUUCUUUAAACAAUCUUGGUAAUGUGUAUUAUAAUACUGGAAACUACGACAAAGCUCUAAAGUUUUACGAAAAAGCUCUAGAAAUUCGGAAACAAUCGCUAGGUCGAAAUCAUGUUGAUGUUGCUGUUUCUUUAAACAAUCUUGGUUUGGUGUUUUAUAAAAUUGGAAACUACGACAAAGCUAUAGAGCUUCACGAAAAAGCUCUAGAAAUUCGAAAACAA